AUGUCAUACUACGAACACAUUGUAUUUGAGGAUGACCCUCUUACUGAAAACUUCACUGAGUUUGGCUCAGGGGACUUUGGGGCAGAGAUGGAGGAGCCGUGCAACCGCGAGGUGAGCCAGGAUCUCCAACGGAUCUUCCUACCCACCGUGUACAGCCUGAUCUUCGUCCUGGGCUUCGUGGGGAACGGACUGGUUGUGGUGGUGAUGGGUUGCCAGAGAAAAUCACGCACCAUGACCGAUCGUUACCGACUGCACCUGUCUGUCGCUGAUCUGCUCUUCGUGUUGUCUCUACCCUUCUGGGCUGUAGAUGCUGCCAGCAGCUGGCACUUCGGCGGCUUUAUGUGCGUCGCUGUGCACAUGGUGUACACCGUGAACCUGUAUGGCAGCGUGCUAUUGCUCGCGUUUAUAAGCUUGGAUCGCUAUUUGGCAGUCGUCCGUGCCACAAGCAGCCAGGCAACCCGGCGCUUGCUGUCUGAACGGGUGGUUUAUGUGGGUGCAUGGCUUCCAGCUGCGCUCCUCACCGCUCCUGAUUUGGCCUUUGCGCGCGCUGAAGAUGUCGGAACGCGCGUCGUGUGCGAGCGCAUCUACCCGGCCGAGAGCGCGCUCGCUUGGAUGGCAGCCUUCAGAGCUCAGCACGUACUGGUAGGCUUCGUGCUGCCUGGUUUGGUCAUUCUGGUUUGCUACUGCGUGAUUAUUGUCACUCUGUCCCGCGGAUCCAAAGGAGCUCAGAAGAGGCGCGCUUUACGCACCACGGUGGCCCUGGUUGCCUGUUUCUUCGCAUGCUGGCUGCCCUACUGCGCCGGCAUUGUUGUCGAUACACUGGUUGAACUUGGCGUGAUUGCGCACAGUUGCACUCUUGAACGCAGGCUGGAAGCAUGGAUCUUCAUCACAGAGGCUCUUGCAUACUUCCACUGCUGUCUCAACCCGAUUUUGUAUGCUUUCCUGGGGGUGAAGUUUAAAAAAUCCGCUGCCAGGGCGCUUACCACUGGCCGUGGGUCCAGCCUUAAGAUCCUGCCCAAGAAGAAGGGUGGCAUGUCUUCAGUAUCUACAGAGUCUGAGUCAUCAAGUUUUCAUUCCAGUUAA